AUGCCUGGAACACGUACUUUCUGUUGUUGUUUACCAACUCGAUUGGGUGUUUUGAUUCUUGCACCUUUAACGUUUGCAUUUGCAUUGACAUGCGGUGUGGUAACUUUGGUCGGUUUAGCACAACAUCAUGAAAGUUUAGGACUUGCAGAAAGGUUAUUCUUGGGAUUUUUGGGUUCACUGAUGGCAUUAACUUCUUUAACUUCACUUUUCGGUUUUAUUGGUGCAAUUAUGGCAAAUUAUAAAAUGGUCUCACUUUAUGGUUCUUCUUUGUAUAUGUCUUUCGUUUCCGUCUUGAUCUUUGGAUCGGUUAACUUUGGAAUUACUUGGCACAACCGUGAUGAUUUCAUUCGUCAAUGCAGAGCAGACAAUAAGGGUAUGUCAAAGGACGACUGUAGACAUACAUUCAACGUUGGCUGGGGUGUCACUCUAGCAUUCUGGAUUUUGGCAAUGAUGGUAGGCUUGUACCUGAUCCACAUUGUUCGUCAAUACUCAAGACAAUUACAAGAAAAAUAUCAUAGAAGCGGAAAUAUGGUGCAAUACCACAGUGCUUAA